GUUCACAGUUAUUCAACUGAAUCUUACUAAUGUACUCCCAGGAGAAGCUGACAGCUUCAUGUUAAAGAAGCUCCUCCAGUGCCACAGCAGUGUGUACAACAGGGUGGUGGAACCGUCGGAAGAGCUGAUUGAAGAAUACAAGGCACUUGCGCGCGAAGACGCGAGUCUCGGUGCUGUGAAUUUUGACUGGCGCCAGCAGACAGCGGAAGAGUACUUCCAGACAAAGGACGACACGAAGUUCCAUCUGAUCCAUGCUUCCCACGUCCUGUACUAUGUGGAGGAUCCAGACGCCACCUUGCGGAACAUGUGGGAACAACUCGAAGAUGGCGGUUACAUGUUAUAAUUACUUCACAUGG